UUUCCAAACGUCAAGAAUGUUUCGUACAUGUCAUUUUUCAUUUCCUUUUUGAAUAGUGGGCCGUCCUAUCCUUUUGUGAUUGUUUAAAAAAAUAAAGCGUUAUGAUGGCUGAGGACACAACAGCCGACGCAACCAGAAGGUUAAAUGUUAAAAAACAGACUUUAGACGACGCUUACGCGGCGCCGGCAAACUUCCUCGAGAUCGAUGUAGUGAACCCAGUGACAACUAUGGGAGUAGGGAAAAAACGCUACACGGAUUACGAAGUUCGCAUGAGGACCAAUCUACCUGUGUUCAAAGUUAAAGAGUCAAGCGUAAGACGGCGGUACAGUGACUUUGAAUGGCUGAGAAAUGAAUUGGAAAGAGAUAGUAAGAUUGUAGUUCCACCUUUGCCAGGCAAAGCGCUAAAGAGACAGCUACCUUUCCGUGGAGAUGAUGGUAUAUUCGAAGAGGAAUUCAUUGAAGACCGCAGAAAAGGACUAGAAGUGUUUAUCAACAAAAUAGCCGGACACCCACUGGCGCAGAACGAACGGUGCCUUCAUAUGUUUCUCCAGGACCCCACCAUUGACAAAAAUUACGUACCAGGAAAAAUACGCAACACAUAAUAUCGAUCCAUCCAAGUAAGAUAACAAUAUGAAGUUUGAAACAAUUCUCAUUUGUACGAGCAUUUUAAACAGUCACAAUUUUCGAAAUUUUCAUUUUUGCAUUUACAUUCACAGUUAAAAUAAAGUUUGAGUAACAGAUCUAUUUGCAUUAUAUUAAAGAAACAUUCGUUUGACGCCAUAUAGCUAUUAUCAGUUUUAAAACAGUAACUUUAGAUACGGUUUAACAUAAUAAUAUGCUUGAGCAGUUGCAGAGUUCAUAGCUCUGUGAGAGAAUUGUUCCAAACUUAUGUAAUAAUGGAAUAUUGUUGCCGUUUUGAAGCAGACAUACGCAGCCAGAGUUUAUAUCUGUGUUGUCUCUUUAAUUAUCACUGUGACAAUAUUCCCAACAAAUCCCUUCAAUGCAAAGUAAUCGAGACAAAUGAAAUAUUUUACACACGGCACAGCAUUCCACAGAAUAUAUUUUUAAAAGUUUUCUAAUGGAAAUCAAAUAACCUCCUUCAAGUUGUAAAAUGGGAAUGUAUGCAUAUAGUCUGAUGGAUAUAUUACUGUUGUUCCCCAUUAAUUAGAACAAAAUUGAUUGUAAUUAGGAUAAUGUUAUUGUUUAUAACUAAGCAAUAUUAUUGGAAUUGUUAAAAUUGUUUACAUGUUUACAUCAUUAUGUAUAUUUCAGUUCAUGUAUCUAUGUGGUUUGCCAGUUUGAAAUUUAAGUAAGGAUUAAGUUAAUAUUUUGUCAUUAAAGUAAUAUAUUAUGUAUUACUGCAUAUUUUAUAUUUUAAUCUCAUAAUUUUAAUUUAUGAUUCAUUCAUAAUUUCAGUAAGAAAUUAUAUGUAUUUAUUGUGUAUUAUUAAAUGGGCGUAGGUAAGAAGUUUCCGUCGGUCAUCCAUCAGUGUCGUAAGGUUCUUAGUGGUCCACCCAAUCGCAAGCUCACAAGAUCUUACCAUGAAUCAUCACUGAUUAUGAGUGACUCAUAGUCGUUGCCUUCGUUAGUCAGUUAUUCUGUUUAGCCCUACGUCAAAAAUCCACCCUAUGUUGACAUGUCCGAUUAAAUGUGAAUUAUUAAAUUUGGGGACAACAGAAUGACCUCGCUAGUCGUUGCAUUGCAGAAAAUUAGGUGGAUACCGUCAGCGUUUGUCAUAAGAUGAGUCAUGGGCUUUGUAACUAUUUUCGAGACUUUCUGACAACGACGUUCGUGCCAGUCAAUACCUCGCUUUAAGCGAGAGAUCAUAAUAACUGACAUUUUCAGAUUUAUUCGAAAACUCGAAAACAGCGUUAUAAAGUGUAAAGCCCCUCUAAAAAUUUGGCAGUUGCGUCAUAGAUAACAAUACGCCAAGAACAUCAGCCCCCCUAGACAAAACGCACUGUUUGAUCGAAUCGAAAAUCGAAUCCGUCAAAACUCCAUACAAAAAAGAGGCUUUUCGACCACUUUUCGACUAGUUUGCGAUUAUAAUUUGCACUUUGUCUAGACCCACAGUUGUCGCUAAAAGCAGUCUUGUCUACGGUUCAAGUGUCAUUCGUCUGGCGUGAAUAUGGCAACACUGUCGGCUGUAUGACCCGAUGCGAAACUUUGCGAGAGUCGGAAAGUAAAUCUGAGAUGUUAUUAGAUAAUAGUUAGUAAUAGCUAAGAAAUGUUCUUGAUUUUUCAAACCGGAUAAACAGGCGUCAUUGGCGAUAAUAUUGUACAUAGACGAACUGGUUUGCACUCAUAUCAUGUACAUGACAAAAUAACACCAAUUAUUUAGGAUGGUUACAGAAAUUGGAUGUGUCAAAUAUCGAGUUUCCUAUACUAAAGAGAGAUUAUAUCACGAGUUAAAGAUGCUAUGGUCGGUUUACAUCACACACGACAAGUAACAUAAUAAAAUUAUGUAAAAAAAACCUCCCUGGCCCAAAAUGAAAUGCCCCCAUUUGUAAUAUUAUUGAUGUUAAGUCGUAAUGCCUUUGGUGUACAAAAUUGGUGGAUAAAUUUAGCUGAAUUUCGUUAGCAUUACUAUGUUUCAUCACUAGGUGAUGAAAUAUGACUGUUUAGUUACGCGGAUAUGUAAGUGUGGAUGUUUGACCACCAGGUUAACAUUGAUUACAUUGUAUUAUGUCGAUCAUAAUAGGUUAAUGAAAUAAAUUUGCUAUCAUGUCA